GAUUGUGGGAAAGAUGGUGUUUCCCAACGAUCAUAGUUAACAGAAUGGGUGAUUUGCCGCUGCUCUUAAGUAGAGGGGCUCAAUUGAACCUUCUGCCCAUCAUGAUGAGGUAGAAGUCGUCUCACACCGUACAUUUAUUUUCUCUAAUCGGAGUACGUAAUAAUUAUUCAUUUUAUUGUUUCUCUGUGCACUGCGAUAUUAAUCAGGUAGGGAAAUAGCAUUGCAAUAUCUGGGAAAUGACACAUAUAAAUACCACAUUGCCUCUCUUGGAUUUCCAUAGAAAUUAAUUGCUUUCUGAUUCAGAAUUCAAUGGCUCGGUUUAUCUUUCUUUUCCUUGCCUUUCUCAUUCUGAUCACUAAUGUUACCAUUAUUAGCAUUUGCAAUGGCAACUCUAUUCAUGCGGUCUGCAUUGAGAGCGAGAAACAAGCCCUUUUGAAGUUCAAGCAAGGUAUCGUGGAUCGCACCAACCGAUUGGCCUUUUGGGUUUCCAAUGGAGAUUGUUGUAGAUGGACGGGAAUUGUCUGCGACAACAUGACUGGUCACGUCAUUGAACUCCACCUCAGAACUAAUCCUACAUGGGAGGUCGAUUAUGAGGUUGAUGAGGCUGAUGAGAGAUCAAUGCUGGGUGGUAAGAUAAGUCCUUCUCUGCUCCAUUUGAAGCAUUUGUGUUAUUUGGAUCUCAGCAACAAUGAUUUUGGAGGAAUUCACAUUCCCAAGUUUUUUUGGUUCUUUGGGAAGUUUACGAUCCCUUAACCUCUCCUAGGCAAAUUUUGGAGGGAAGGUUCCUCACCAUCUUGGGAAUCUCUUUAAUCUGAAAUACCUUAAUCUUGGGAAUAAUUAUUAUCACGUGUACGCUGAGAAUCUCCACUGGUUGUCUCGUCUUUCUUCAUUAGAGUCUCUUGAUUUGAGUUCUCUUUAUCCCAUUGCAAGUGUAAAUUUAUCAUCUCUUGUUACCCUUUCUCUUUCUCAAAAUUCUUUCCAAAAUUUGUCAGUGAUCAAUUGGGUUUUUGGUCUCAAGAACCUAAUUUCCCUUAAUCCAUGCGAUAAUGUUGUUGAGGGUCCAAUCCCUUAUGGUCUUUAUUUAAUUCAUAGAAGAUCAAAAUACAUAUAAUUUUGAAGUCAAAUAAAAAUGAAUUGAUAUAUACUUACCAUACAGAAAGUCAAACACACUUUUUGAUUACAUGUAGAGAUUAAGCAUCAUAAUCGUUAGAGACAGUUAGAGAUUUAAGGGGAGAUAGACCUGGUAAACGGGUGGCUUGGGUCGGAUUAAGGUCAAGU